UGGAGUGAAAGAGAGAGAAAAAUAUAGACAACAACUUUGACCCGUGACUAGACAACAAAGACCCUAUAAAAGGAAUAUCACUUCAAUUCGUGGACUCUCAGUUGUAAUUCAAACGCAGAUGCAAAAAGUGCUUAGUGUCUUUAGCUCUCGAGUGUUGUACAAGAAAAAGAUAUUCUGGGAGGUAAAAUGAAGACUGGAAGCACCAAUAGAAACAUUUCUCCACUUGGAUAUUUGAAAACUUCACCGAGACAUAGUGCUAAUUACAAAACUUCUAAGAUUCUGUCAAGUUUGGGUAUUAUUGAUAAAGACAGUAUCUCUGGAAAAAACCGUCGGAAUAAAUCGAGGAAGAGUGGCCUAUCACCAAAAAUGACUGAUCCCAUGUGCAAGAAGAAAAAUGUUGAUUUCACCGAUUUUGCCUACAGGGAAGCCGUAAAUAGGCUUAAAUAUCUCCUGGCUGAAUCUUACACAACCAGUAAAAUGACCUAUCAUCGUCCCAGUGAUUGUGAUGAUUCAGAUUAUCAAUCGACCGCUGAAAGACCAGUUCUGUCGGAGAUUUCAAAAUAUUUUCCACAGUCAUCUGCACUUACACAGUACAAUACUAGAAGACUAGUUGAGUAUCCAGUGAUGACAAAGGAAAAUUUCCCGUUGGGCCUUAAACCAUCCUAUUCGACGAGUAGCCUUCAACAGUCGGAAAUAGCUCAAAUCACUGACGUCAAUCCACCUCCACAAGAGCUCAUGAAUUUCAUAGAGCGACAAGAGCACUAUAUCGAGCAGCUGGAGAAAGAGUCACAGUUUUGCAGAGAAGAAUUAGCCAAUUUGCUCUCAAAAGUAAAAAAUGUUAUUACUGAAAACGAAACCCUAACAGACAAGGCUAAAGUCGGCCUCACUCGAACUUUCCUCAGCAAUAUGGAUUCUUCAGAAAGUGAUGAAAAUGAUAAUGUAGACUCUAAGAGUCUUUCCAUGAAGUAUACUUCGUGCAAUAUGGGCCCAAUUGGGCCUAAUAUUGUAUUUGAAUCGAGAAUUAGCGAACUGGAGGCUCAAUUAGCGCAAUCAGCAAUUGAUUACAAGCGCCUCAAUGAGGAGAACGAAAACAAUAAGAGAAAGAUUGCAAUGGGUGUGGGAGAAAGUGGCUCUGCAGACAUCUAUAGGAAACAAAUAGAUAAUUUGCAGAGAGAGAAAAUAGCACAGGAUGAGAUAAUCAGAAAACUACAAACCCAGAUCAAUGAGAUGAAGGAGGCUGAUUCAUUUUCAAAAAGUCAGAGGGUGCGAGAUUUUAAUGAGCAGGUGGUAUUUGAAAGGACUCAAGCAGAUAUUGAGAUAAGACGCCUCAAGGACGAGCUCGAGAGACAACAUGAGCGUGUCCGGGAGAUUCAAAAUGAAAUGGCACGUAGAAUUGCUGAUGAACGCACUAAUGCUGAAAGACGCUAUAACUACCAAGUAGAUCAGCUAGGUGGAGAUCUGACGUGCCAGUGGGAGCAGGCGUCUAAGCUCCAAAUUGAACUGGAGCGUCAGAAGAGAAUUGAGUCAGAUUACAAAAGGGAUCUCAUGCAAAAAAAUUCGCAGAUUGAUGAGCUGAAGGCAGAAAUAAAGAGUAAGACCUCUUCGUGGCUAUCAGAUGUGGCGCAAAUGAAUGCGGAGAAGCAAAGCCUUGAGCAGGAAAUCACAUCGCUAAGAAUGCAAUUGGAGAGGGCGGAGCGUCAGAGCAAGGUGGAGACGUCGCGCCUCAAUGCAGAAGUCAAUUCACUGCGUCAGCGUCUCGAUCGAUCGGACGGCGACCUCUUACAUGCUCGCCGUGAGAAUCUCCGUCUUUCCGACCAAAUUUCGGCUUUAGAAAAGGAGAUUACACUUGGAGAAAUUGGACGUGAGCCAAGACCUAAAGAGAUGUCCAAAAUUAUUUCAGAUAUGGAAAUGAAGCAUGCAAACACCGUCUCCGAACUGGAAGGAAUGAUACAUGAUCAGAGACAGCUCAUGGAAAAACUGACUUCAGAGUGCAAAAGCUUAACACAAAAAUUAGAGGACACUUCAUUGAAACAUAAAAAUAACACACAGAUCUUAAGACAGACCAACAAAGAGUUGAUGGAGAGAUUGAGGCAAAUAUGGACGAGUUACAAGGAUAUCAAUCCACUAUUUAGAAAUGGAAAGGGUCCCAUGAAUACCAGUAGUGAUUCAGAAGCAUUGAAUCAUACAGAAAAGCGCAGUACAUACAAGAGGAAAGUGACAUCCAAGGAAAAUUCGAAUAUCAAGGACGAGAAGACGGAACAGUGGCUGAUGUCAUUGUCUCACCCACAACUGAUAGAAACUCCCCAGAGCGAAGCUACACUAAACAGCAAGAUUAUGGCGGAGUGUCAGUGGAACAGCCAGGAAGAAUUGAAUACAAAUCCCCAGUUCACGGAGACAAGUACACCACUGAAAGAAUGGAAGUCGAAAAGGCCAGAAACACCCCUACAGAUGAGCAGAAACGUAAGCCAAAUCUAUCAAGAUCCGGAAGCCGACAGAGUGUACUCGAGGAACAUGGCAGAAGUGCAUCACGAGAAGGAAGUAGAACCCGAAGAGACGACGCGGCUCCGAUUGAAGGAGGAAAUGAAACGGGAAUUGGAAGAGUGGAGUUGCAGCCGAAGUAUGAUGGAACAAGUGAAUUGGGACAAUUUAGCGGAACGCCGACAACAAUGGAGUACACCAGUGGGCGAGAUUAUACGACGAUUGGAGGGGAAGUCACAGGAGAUACUUUCGAGCCUCAGUACGAUGCAACCUAUGGACAGCAGUCAUCAGUGUAUGAUCAAUACCAAUCCCAACAAUACAUCCAGCAGCAACCAGAUUAUGGAGUACAAUAUGGGGCUCAGCAAUACCAACAAGACGAAUAUGAUCCCAGUCAGUACAUACAGUACACCGGAGAUGGCUAUGACCAACAACCAGUUGUCUCAUAUACUGAAUCCCCAGCAAUAUAUGAAACACCAACCACGCUUACAGCAAGUUCCCCAGGCAUCGCCACCCAGGAAACUGUUGUGCAGCGAACAGCAGCAGGAGGAGUCGAAAUGCAGCAAAUCUAUGCAGAACCGAAUAAGGGCACUUCAAAUGUGGGGCAUUCAGAUUCCGGACAACAGCCACCAAGCGAACUAUUGUCAGAACAGUUUGCCGCGACAGUGGCCCCAACAUCAACGACAAGAAGCUCUGGAGGAGUGUCAAAUGGCACAAAAUUCACUAAACAGCGAUAGUCCAGAAAAAUGUUAUAUGCCAGAUGAUGGCUUCCGGAUCAGUAUUAGUAGUCCAAGUUUAUUUGAAUGCAGCACUUCAAGUUCCAGUUCAGCGCACUCACCUAUACCCACAGUUCAACAGAGAAUGUAAUUUCUGAAAUUAGAUCAUAUAAAAAUCCUGACUUAGGAAAUAUGAUAACAAUAAAAUGCUUUAAAAAAAGACAAUUUUAUCAGUGAUUCGUA